CUCUCCUGAACCCGCCGCCUGCUGUAUUUGUCGAAGGAAGGCGGGAGGUGACGAUGGCCAGCUUUUCUGCUGAAUUUCGGCAGAAUUGAUGUUCGGUCAUCGAGGUCUGAAGGGUUCUGCGUUCCGGGGUCGAGUUACGAGUCGCUCGCAGGUCGCCACCCCUUGCCCCUCGUCGGAACGAGCCCGAAUUCUGUCCACCGCAGUGAAGUGAUGUUUCUCCCGUCGUCGGCUUCAAACCUUUUCGGGAAGAUUCGGGCUCCGUCCUCCGUCCACACUGACAGACAGGAGAGCAGGAGUUUCUUCUUGCGAAAUGAGGAAUCAUAUGGAAGCUCAGGCGGAGUAAUCUGAUGUCGCGCAUGGGUGAAAACUCGUAAUUUUUCCAAGUUGUCGUGGUCUACUGGAGGCUGAGCUGUAGCCUUGAAUCAAGAGAUCCGAAUUAGAAAGGGUCGUAGAUUAGGGGACACCGAAGAAGUGGGAGACUGGGAGAGUUGCCGCCGAAAGGUUGGUCCGUUCGAUCGUGACUUUUAGAGGCGAGCCGGUUCAGGAGUAUACGAGAUGGACUUUGUUAGCGUCGUGUGUGUCUGGACUGUGGAAAGUCCGCGCUCAUGCUUUUGAAAAUGCAGUCCUCGGAGCCAUGGUCGGAGCAAAGCGAAACUACCCUUUCGAGUAUGUGGGCAGGGGUCCGGCAAAAGUUCAGAAAGAAGAUACACAAUCAAUUUAUGAAGCCACCCUCAACAAGCUUAAGCACGGCGCACUUGCAAGUUUACGCACCCGUGUUCGGCUGGGAGAGCAACAUGCAGGGAAGAAUUCAGGACAUAAUGAAGGCGCGAAUCGCCAAACUGAAAACCGUGCUGGGGUUGCCAAAGCAGCCGACUCGAUGGAAACUUUAAUCGGCGUGCAGAUUCCUUCAGAGGAUGACCAGGAGAUGUAUCCUUGCUGCUACGUAUGUUCUUCCAGUUCGACCAGCACAACUUGCUGCCAUUGCACGAGGGCGUGCUGUGGGACGUGUUCCAGGACCUGUGACGGAUGCCAAGGACUGUUCUGCUCCAUUUGCUGCACAGCCAACUACGAUGAGCGCAACGAUCGUAGCUUUUGUUUCGAGUGCGAGAGUGGGAGAGCUUCCGUUGUCCUCGCCCCGGUUUACUCGGACCGUGACCAACUAGCACUAGCAUCUUCGAGAUUUCGACAAUCGACGUUGGAUUACCUCUUCUGUAGUAAUACUACCCAGAGGGCGGAAGAUGAUAGAUCGUGCAGUAUGGAUAUAAUGUAGAUCUGUGUAAAUUUUCAUAUGAAAUGCACACGAGUUGUGCGAUAUUUGUUCUAAAGUUCAUGAUUUUUAUUCGCUCCCUAGAUUACAUGUGUUUGAUCAAGGGACUUUCAGAAUGUAGAUCGAAGGCCUUGAGCCGUCCAGGAUCCACAGCCCAUUGCCGAACGAUUUGCCGUCGCCCGCAAUGAGGGUUUACAUUCACUUAUAUGUCGGAAAAAGGUAGAAGACAUUGAGUUCUUGCAGUGGGCUCAUGAUAGCCAGAGUAAACCCGUCGGGUAGGCAGGAUACAGAGUGCAUCUUCAUUUUGUCGAUCACCUUAUCAGUUUGAGGGCACUCGUAGAGCAAGCGAGGUGAGAAGCUGUUUUGCUGUUUUCUCGUUGUUCGAAAUGCCUUCAACACAGGACCUCGAGUUAAUCUGUUCUAAAAGUAUUGUACCAUGGCAUGCUGGGUUGUGGGGUGAUUAUCGGCAUAGAGUCUACUCGGGAUCUGGCCCCAGAUCAUGAAUCUAUCUCGCUUAAGAGCAGAAAUUGUUCGCAGCGUUGAUGUUGCAAACGGACCCUAAUCUCCAGUUUGAUUUCUCGCUUUAUCGAAUGAUUGGAAUCGCAUUUGCUCAUUUUUUAAUGCUCGUUGUACACCCAAGUCGUUGGGAAACUGUGUCUUUGUCCUGCUUUACAUGGUGGACCAUUUUCCUUGAGGUCUGUUAGGAUGAAAAAUGGAGUUAAUGCGAAGAAUACCGUCGAGUCUGGAAGCUCUGAGUUACUUCUAAUAAGGCGCGUGUUUUGAGCUGAUCAGCAAACGGCCAAGAAGAACUAUUGCAGGUUUG